AUGGAAAAUCGCCGACCCGCCACCCUGGGCGUGUCAAUCGUCGUCUUCGUGAUCGCAAGCCUGUUUGUCGCCCUCCGCUUCAUCUCGCGCAUAUUCCUCGUGAAGAGGGUUGGGUUACAUGACUAUCUGAUGCUGCUCGCAUGGGUGAUCGACUUUGGAUUCUCCUUCUCUCUAUUUUACGCGACUAAAUAUGGCCUCGGACUCCAUGAGAGCGAUGUGCCCGAUGCAAAGGAGCCUGGGUUGAACAAGGCAAACUAUGCUUUUACGGUGCUCUACAAUCCGGCGCUCAUGGCCGUCAAGACAUCCAUCCUCGUAUUUUACUUGACCUUGACACGAAAUCAAAAGGUGUACCGAUGGGCAAAUUACAUCACGAUUGCGGUUGUGAACAUAGCCGGCCUUGUGCUGACAUUUGUCAAUGUUUUCCAAUGUCGCCCGGUGUCUGCUGCAUUUAUGGCAACCCUGCCGGCCAAUGCGCACUGUACUGACAUCCUCACUCUCUACCUGUCCUCCUCACCCGUCAACAUCAUAACAGACCUUGCGAUUCUUUUCUUACCCAUGCCACUCCUGACGCAAAUGCACCUCCCUACGAAACAGAAAGGGAUCCUUGUUGUCACGUUCAGCUUCGGAUUCUUUGUCGCUGUCGUUGAUGUGAUUCGGAUUGCUUUUCUUCAGCAAGCUGCUACCUCGCGACAGCUGGCGUUGAAGUCAAUCCACAUCCAAAAUGGGGGCACUGCAGACUUUAGCUGGUAUGCAUCUCUCUCGUUUAUGUGGUCAGUCGUCGAAGUGAAUGUAUCAAUCAUCUGCGCAUGCGUCCCGAGCCUCAAACCACUCGUCUCUCGCAUCAUGCCGAAGCUGAUUAAAAACACGAGCGACGCGUCUAACCCUAAUGAAUAUUACGCGACAGGAGAAAAUGACAUCACUCCGCCACAGCCUGCCAUGGCCACCCCCGAGGGCCACCCCGAGGACCACCCCCGGGAUGUCGAGGCAACUACACACACCAGCGCCUCCUAUGCUCCUAAUAUGACAUUUUUCGACUUUGUCAACAUGAGAGGCCCAGAGAGCAUGCUGAAGUUGAAUAAUCGGGAAUCGAUCGCACCCAAUGCCAUCACAACCCUUCUCUUCUUUCUAUGGGGGUUUGCAUAUGGCUUGCUCGAUAUCCUCAAUUCCCAAUUCCAGAAAAUUGUUCAGUUGGAUGCUUGGCAUUCCUUGGGGCUACACGCAGCAUACUUCGGCGGGUACCUCCUUGGACCAUUGCUCAUCGGGCGGCCAGUUUUGAAGAGCUGGGGCUUCAAAGCUACUUUUAUCACAGGGUUGUGUAUCUAUGCAUGCGGGGCUCUCAUCUUCUGGCCAUCGGCUGUUCUCACGUCGACCGUGGCCUUUACGAUCUCCAAUUUCAUUGUUGGUUUGGGAUUAGCUGUAUUGGAGACUGCAGCCAACCCAUUUAUCGCUCUCUGCGGGCCUCUUGAAAACUCGGAGAUUCGUCUCAACAUCUCACAAGGGGUGCAGGCUAUUGGCUCGGUAUUGUCGCCGUUGUUGGCGAAGAAAGUACUCUUCAAGAGCGUCCAAGACGUUGCAUCCCUAGUGAACGUACAAUGGACGUACUUGGGGAUUGCACUCUUUGAUUUCCUCCUUGCCGUGGUAUUCUAUUACCUGCCGCUUCCCGAAGCGUCAGACGAUGAUCUGGAAGAGCUGGCGAAUCGACGGCGCGAAGACAAUCACACCAAGGUGGCUGGUAUACCAGUAGUCUGGCUGACCCUGGGCCUAGGCCUGUGGUCGCAGUUCUUUUACGUAGCUGGGCAAGAAGUCUUAAAUACCAGCGUCGAAAGCUUCGCCAUUGAUGCUCGACCCACGACGAGUCUAUCCCCGUUCGACAUUCUCACGCUGGGCCAUGGCAUGUUUGCCAUUGGUCGUUUCCUGGCGGCGUUCGCUCAGUGGUUCCUCAAGCCUCGUUGGAUCCUUCUGGUGUCAUAUAUCGGCAUGGUCGUGUUCGCUGUGCUGUGCAUGAACACCACGGGCUCGAGCGCCAUCGCCAUGGCCAUGCUGGUCUUUUUGUUCGAAAGCGGUGCCUAUAGCAUCAUUUUUGCCAUCGCUUUGCGCGGCACCUCGCGCCAUACGAAAACCGCCUCGGUCCUUCUCACGAUGUGCGUCAGUGGAGGCGUCUAUUUCCCCUUUGCCCAGUACGCCGCCUAUCUAUCCCACGGCACCGUCCGCUAUUCGUACUGCGUCCUGGUGGCCCUCUUCGCUGCGGGAGCCAUCUUCCCUCUCUACCUCAAUCUGGUGCCCGCGGUGAAGAGACAGGUGGACCCGGUUCCUAACGAGUACCUCCGACGUCACCACCGCCGCAACCGCCCGCCGCUGGAAGUGAUCCACCGCGAGAAAGAGAACCGAGCUAGCGGCGGCGUCUUCUCGCGUCGUCGCAGCGUUGUCCCGGGUCCUGACCACCUUCCCGACCUUCCGUUUCCCGGCGAGGCUCAGCUCAACAUACCCCCCAGCCUACCCAUGUCCCGGUCAAGCUCUAGCUCCCAGGCUAACUCUCGCAUCUCUCACAAUCCGCUUCAAAGACCCGUCGCUAUCAGGGAGUGA